AUGGAGAAGAAGGAACAAAAGAAAGAGGAGGUCAUGGAAGAAAGUGUACUUGGACCUGGUGGAGGCCGAAAAACAGUCAUGUUUGCUGGCCACCUUGGUGAGCUUCAGUUGGCUGGUGCAACCCUGGCCAACUCAUGGGCCAAUGUUACUGGUUUCGCGCUCGUGGUUGGUUUGAGUGGAGCUCUUGAGACACUUUGCGGACAAGGCUUUGGUGCAAAGUCGUACAGAAUGUUGGGAAUUUAUCUACAAGCCUCUUGCAUCAUAUCCUUCCUGUUAUGUUCCAUCAUAUCCAUAAUCUGGUUCUAUACAGAGCCCUUACUGAUUUUACUCCGUCAAGAUCCUCAAAUUUCAAAAACUGCAGCUCUCUUUUUGAAACAUCUGAUCCCUGGAUUAUUUGCAUAUGGAUUCCUGCAAAACAUCUUGAGAUUUCUUCAGACACAAUCUGUAUAUGUCAUGCCAAUGGUCUUCUCAGUGAUUGCCAUUAUUUUUCAUAUUGGCAUCACAUAUGGUUUGGUACAUUGGACAGCUCUUGGGUUCUUGGGAGCUCCACUUGCAGCCUCAAUUUCUCUAUGGUUAUCUGUUCUUAUGUUGGCCUUCAAUGUCAGUUGUACAAAGACUUUUGAGCGCACGUGGGAAGGAUUUUCAUUUGAAUGUUUCGAUUAUAUCCUCACUGGCUUAAAACUGGCCCUCCCCUCUGCAACAAUGGAAUGUUUGGAGGAAUGGGGUUUUGAGAUUCUAGUGCUCUUAGGUGGAUUGAUGCCAAACUCUGCAAAAACAAGUUCACUACUUGCAAUGUGUGUAAAUACACAAGAAAUUGGUUACAAAAUUACAUAUGGCCUCAUUGCUGCUGCCAGCACAAGGGUGUCAAAUGAAUUGGGAGCAGGCAAUCCAGAUAGAGCUCAGAAUUCAAUGGUUGUGACUCUUAGCUCUCCUUGUGUGGCUAGAGGAUGUGGGUGGCAACACUUGGCUGCGUAUGUAAAUUUGGCAACUUGUUAUUUGAUUGGUAUGACAAUUUCUGGUCUUCUUGGAUUUAAGUUGAAACUUUAUGCUAAGGGCUUGUGGAUUGGUAUAAUCUGUGGUCUCUCCUGUCAAGCAAGCGCUUUUUUGUUGAUUACACUGCUCAAGAAAUGGACUCAGUCAGAUUGA